AUGGAGUCUCCUCUUACACUGUCAGAUACAAUAUAUACAAGAGGUUUCUUACACUCUCUUAUUUGUUUCAAGAUCAAUGGGAAAUCUCACUUGUUUCUUGGAGGAGAUAAAUCUCACCCGCAAUCAAAGGAAAUUCGCUUGUUAUUGGAGGCCUUGCCUGAGAAAAAAAAGGCAACUGGGUACAUACCAGAUACUAGUUUUUUGCUGCAUGGUGUUGGUGAAGAAGAGAAAGAAUGUAACUUAAAGAUUCAUAGUGAGAAGCUGGCGAUUGCAUUUGGGCUUCUUAACACAAGCCCAGAUACAGUUCUUAGGGGUCUUGUUCUUGUGGAGACUAUUGGUGAUUAA